CUCCAGUCCGGUCCUAUCCAAGGGACAAGCUCCUUAACAAACGCAAGAAAGAAAACUUUCUUUUAUAUUUAGUGCGACUUUAACAACCACGUUAAACUUGACAAAGAGCGUUAGCUUGUCCCAGGCACUGAGAAGCGGUAAAGCAUCUACAGGUUUCUGAGGAGCCGCGAGACUGAAGGGGUGCCGCACGCGCCAGGCGCGAGCAAAGAAAAGGGGCAGUCAGGAGCAGAGCAGACUCCCGGCCCGUAUAGAGCGUCACAGAUAAAAAAAAGAGAGUGAGAGCACGAGGGAGGAGAGAGAGGAAGGGAGAGCAAUAGAGGGUGUGUAAGAGACGCGACCAUCCCAAGAAUGAUGUCCUACAUAAAGCAGCCACAUUAUGGUGUGAACGGGUUAACACUGUCCGCCUCAGGAAUGGAUCUGCUCCACACUGCAGUCGGCUACCCAGCCACUCCGAGGAAGCAGCGUAGGGAACGCACUACCUUCACGCGCACGCAGCUGGACAUCCUCGAAGCCCUGUUUACCAAAACACGGUACCCAGACAUAUUCAUGAGAGAAGAGGUGGCCCUGAAAAUCAACCUUCCUGAGUCCAGAGUUCAGGUGUGGUUUAAGAACCGUCGUGCUAAAUGCCGCCAACAGCAACAGCAAUCCAGUGGUCAGCCCAAGCCCCGCCCCCCCAAAAAGAAGUCAUCCCCACCCCCUGAGCUGACCUCUGACCCUGGCACCAGCACUUCUGUGGCAGCUGCCCCUAUGCCAGCCAUGCUCCCAAGUGUUAGUGCUGGCACCGCACCAGUGUCUGUGUGGAGUCCCACCUCUCUAUCCCCCCUUCCUGAUCCAUUAUGUGGCUCCGGCACAUCUUGUGUGCAGCGUCCGGCUCCGUAUCCCAUGAGCUACGGUCAGCAUUCCACUUAUAGUCAAGGCUACGGCUCUUCUAACUACUUCAGUGGCCUGGAUUGUAGUCCAUACCUCUCUCCCAUGACCACUCAGCUGUCAGCAAGUGGGGGCACCCUGUCACCCCUCACUGUGCCCUCCAUGGGUGGGUCACUCAGCCAGUCACCCUCUCUCUCCUCCCAAGGAUACAGCACCACUUCGCUGGGUUUCAGUUCCGUAGACUGCCUGGACUACAAGGACCAGCAGGCCUGGAAGCUCAACUUCAGCACUGUGGACUGCCUCGACCAUAAAUUCCAAGUGCUGUAGAGCUGAAGAGAAAGAAGCGAGGGAGAGAGAAAAUGAGAAAUUGAAGAAGAGUGCGAAGAGGAAGGAGGGUAAUGGAAAUAGAACUGUUGCUUUAAAUGCCGGAGACAUUGUGAUGAUGAAAAGGACUGAAUCAGCAGGAUUCAUAUGAUCUCAGAGGGUGCCCAUUUCAGAACAGAUUAAAUCCAGAUCUGCCCUCUGAUUGGUUGAGUGUGAAGGGACUCCUCAAGUCUACUGAUCAGUCAUCAUCAUUAACUAUUUACCUCACACACACGCACACACAUGUCUGGUUUACUAUCUCCGUGGGGACAGUCCAUAGGCGUAAUGUUUUUUAUACUGUACAAACUGUAUAUUCUAUCCCCUAUCCCUAACCCAACCCCUAAACCUAAAGAUCAUAGAAAACUUUUUGCAUUUUUAGAUUUAAAAAAAUAUUGUUCUGUACAAUUUAUAAGCUUUUUUGCCCGUGGGGACCUCAAUUUUGGUCCCCACGGUGACAUGAGUCCCCAUGUGUUGGUGUGCAUUCAGGUUUAGGUCCCCACCGGGAUAUACAAACAUGAACGCGCACACACACACACACACACACACACGCACGCACGCACGCACGCACACACACACACACACACACACACGCACACACACGCGCGCGCACACACGCACACACACACACGUCUGGUUUAUUAUCUCUGUGGGGACAGUCCAUAGGCGUAAUGUUUUUUAUACUGUACAAACUGUAUAUUCUACCCCCUAUCCCUUUUUUAGAUUUUAAAAAAAUAUUGUUCUGCUUUUUUGCCCAUGGGGACCUCAAUUUUGACACGAGUCCUCAUGUGUUGGUGUGUAUUCAGGUUUAGUCCCCACCGGGAUAUAAAAACAUGAACACACACACACACACACACACACACACACACACACACACACGCACACACACACACACACACGCACAAAUUUUCACUAUAGAACACUUACAUACAGUUAUCACACAAGGAAACAGACAUGCAAAUAAUUGGAGGGGAACAUCUUACUUUCUCUGCAGAUACAAUAUUCUGAUUUUCUGGGACAGAGUUCUUUCUACGUUUUUCAUAACUUCGUAAAUUUGGUUUGUCUACUGAGAGGCAAUAGGAGUACUUGUGUUGUGCUUUUAGAUUGCUGUUAUUUAUGUAUUUUUAUUAUGUUAACUUAUUACAAAUAAUAUUGUUUUCUGUUAGUUCGAGUUAACCGUUAUUAAUUAAACUUACUGACUUUAUUUGCUGUUGAUAUUUAUUAUUUAAUUUGGGUACCUUGUGUUAAAAGCAGUGUUUAAAGCCAUAAUUUUAACAAUUUGACUGAAUAUAUCUGCAAGGUUUGUGUAACUCUGUUUCUCAUUUAUGAUGAAAGAUGAUUGAACUUGUCAUUAAUAAAAAAAAUGAAAUACAUGGCCGAGAAGCUAUGUACAGCAAGACUGAUCCGCAUCUCAGAAUAAGGGAAAUAGUAGUUUUGAUUCAUUUGAAAUAAAGCUGUGACUACACCUUACAAGAGCAAGCAUGGUAUAAAGUAGGAUAAUUACAGUUUCAUAGGAUUAAUGUGAUUUAAACACUUAUGCUUGGUUUCACAGACAAGGCUUAAAUGCAAAUUCUUAGUAGAAAAUAAUUAGCAAAGACAUAUGUUAAAAUAUGCCCAUGCCAUUGAUUUGUCUCAAGAUGCACACCAGUAACGUUUUACGUUUAGCAUUUUUA